AAUCAGAACAUUCGUUACCAUCUCAGUUCAGUCUCGUAAUCAUUGCUAAAGAAUUCCUUAACAAUCACUGGAUUUAUUUCCUUAGCAACAAAAUGGCCGAUUGACUGUUCAUUUAACGAAAAACGUUGGUCAAUUUUAUAGUGGCUUGGUCUGAAAAGCAGGCAACUAUGAAUGGUUUUUUCGGCGCGAAUGGUGAAAUUGAUUAUUCUAAAUGGCAGAGGAAAGGUCUCUCUUCUCCACGGGUAACUUUUACUGUUCCAAGACUGGACGAAAAUGGCGGCAGUGGCCUGAUGGCAGAAGGACGACGGGCAAGUGUAAACAGGUCGAGAGAUUCAGCUAAAGAUACUCAAGGGCUCUACAAAGAACGCGCAGAAACAAACGUCAGGGUAAAUUCAGGUGGAAAUGAGAGACGUUAUUCAAGUCUAAUCGACUCACCUGUUGACAUUUUCACUAGAGCUGAACUUGAAUCGGCUUGCUCAUCAAGGUGUCGCCAUUUACCAAAACGCAACCUAAAUGACACGAAAGUUACAGAGAGCUACGAAAAUGUAGAAUUAAUUCGAACAAUAAAAUUUCAAAUCAAAGCAAAACGCCAGUGUAUUCUUGAAUAUAAAAAACAAAUCUUGAAUUUGAUAAACGAGAAUGUGAAGCUGAAAAAAGAAAUUCAAGAUAAUGAAUCAGGCACUCACGACCAUGUUACGUUACUUUUGGAAAAAUAUCAUAAGCUUCGAGGAGCUAUGGGGAGAAUUAGUCAAGAGCACGUGAAACAAAAGACUGCAACUGAAAAAUCUUUCACAGAGGUGAAGGCAUUGACAAAGCAUGGUUUGUCAGACCUUAAUGAAAAACUAAAUCACCUGCAUGCUGAAUUGUUGAAACAACAGAAUGAGCUUCGAACAUUGAAUAAUUACAAAAAUAAAGAGUAUCCUGAAAAGGUGCUGAGAAUCAAUAGUUUGAAAAAAGAGCUUGAAAUGCUGCAAAUGUUGCUCAAAAGGGACAUGAAAGAAAUGGAUGAAAUUAUUGAAGUUGAGGUAGCAAAAUACCAAGAAAAUGCUACAGGUGAGGAGUUUGCUGUAAUUAAACGUGCAAGAAGUCAAAUUUUUGAUAUGAUGGAUGCUGGUGUCAAAGAAACUGCAAUGCAGAACAUGAGGCUUAAGAGGGAGAUUGAAAUUCAGAAAAGUGAGAAAAAGAAAUUGGAACUUGAGAACUUAGAAAUUGAAAGAAAAAUAAAGAAACUUAUAGAGAAAAAGAAUGAAAUAAGACGUAAGAAGUAUCCAGGUAUCUUCCAAUCAACAGAGAAAUGUCUCCCGGAUACGGAAAUUGAGCUUUCAAUCCCAAAAAAACAGUUUAUACCAAUUUAGAGAUGACAAAAGAAAAAGAAGCAUUAAUGAAAAUGUUAGCCGAGAAGCCAAAUAUUUCACAAAACUGAUGCAUUGAUAUUUUCAUGUUUUUUACAAAUGCAUUAGUUUUAGAAUAAUUCAAUUUUGAUAUAAGAUAUGGUAAUAUAUUCUACCAAUAUAAAACUUUUAAAAUAUAGGGAUGUGUAAAAUUUUAUUAUGUAAAAAAGGUAUAUUUUUUAUAAAAACAGCAAAUUUAAAGGUUUUGUCUUUUGGUAAAUAACUUGUAACACAAGAUUUGUUACUAGUGGAUCAGAUAACUUAAUGUGCCAGGAAAACUAAGCAAAGUUCAACUUAAUAUCUUAUAUCAUAUUUAUCUUAUACCUUGUAUAAAUACUGACCUUGUGAAUAAGAUUUGUAAGUGACCUUUUACUACUCUUAAUGGAGAAAGAAUGUUUUAUUGGUCAAACACAAAAAAGUGUAUUAACAAUUCCUCCACACUGAAAAAUGAUUCUCUGUGCUAAAUGCCUUUGUUUUGUGUUAUUUCAUUUCAUUUGCUAUUUGUACUGUAUAAAUAUGGUUUAUUUCUAUAUUCUAUAUUCCAUAUUCUAAUUAUUUUACAACUUUCUGAAGAGAUCCACCAAAGAAAAUCUCUAUAAUAAGGAAAUCUUUUAUGGUCAGCAAUGCAUCACACAGACCUUAUGCCAGCAAUUUUGAGACAAAAUGAUCUCUAUAUAUUUUUAUGAAAUUUUGCUAACACAAUUCAUUCACAAAAAUGCUCAAGAAGACACCACUCAAUAAAGCUUUCUUCCAUUCCUUUGAAUUCAAAAGUUACUGUUACUAUGGAAAACGUAAAGUGAAAAAUUAUAUUUCUUCAAGAAUAAUAACAACAACAUACAUGUUUAUACAGGGUAACUUCCUUAUUAGUACAAGAAAGUACCGUUAUUAACAAGGUCCCUGUUAAAACAACAGGAAACAAUAGGAAUUCAAAUGCAAUAAAAAACGCUGGGUGCAAUCAAUAGGUAAAUCGUUUCUAAGGAAUAACUUUUUAGGUGUUCCUGGUAGGCAUUUGAAGGGUGGACAUGCAACUUUCAAUUACUUUUUUUAGAAAAACGCAGAAUCUUUUCUCUUUACUUUCAUCUGCCUUGUAGUUAAUGAUUUUAUAUGCCUUCUCUUGGAGAUUUUCAAACUUCUGUGCAAUUUUAUCAGAUAUCUUGAUAACUGGAGUUAAAAUUGUAGAAUCGUUGGCAAUAUUUUUGCACAAUACAUCGAUUUAUCAGCAAGCGCUGGCAUUUAUUUUUUCAUUCGUGCUAAAAGUUCGAUUUGGGCUGUAGCUUAUUUUUAAAGCAUCUUGUGUAGGUGGUCACUCUAC